GCAGGUUCGUCACGCGGUUUAAUCGGAUCAUGUGACCGAUUCUGCGCGUGACCCAGAUUCGGGCUGGGGACUGACGGGACGGGAUGGAGGCGCGUGGCAGGUUCCUGCUGGCAGUCGCUGUGAGUCUUGCGGGCUGGUGGUGUUCCCUAGCAUUGGGCUGGGCCCCAGAGCAGGACCAGAGUCUCCGGGUCCCUGCUGGAUGGAGCCACGUGGGCCGGGUCGCUCCCUUGGAUGAGCUUGUGUUGACCUUUGCCCUCAGGCAACAGAAUGUGGAGCAUCUGGUGAAGCUGGUGGGAAGAGUCUCAGACCCUGAUUCACCUCAGUAUGGAAAGUACCUGUCACUGGAGGAGCUGCGCACACUUGUCCAGCCAUCUCGCCUCACGCACAACACCGUGCACAAGUGGUUGGGGGCCUAUGGCAUCAAGGGCUGCAAGACCAUUAUCACCUUGGACUUCCUAGAGUGCGUGAUGCCAGCCAGCACGGCGGAGCGUCUCCUGCCAGGAGCCCAGUUCCAUCGCUACGUGAGCGGCCAGCGCAGCGCUGUGCGCUCCCCUGUCCCCUACACCCUCCAUGAGGAGCUGGCUGAACACAUUGACUUUGUGGGUGGCCUGCACCGGUUCCCUGCGGAAAGGAAGGUGGUGACCAGAGCCUCGGGGAAGGAGGAGGUGAUGGCGCGGUAUCAGCAGAGGAGGGCAGCUUUCCAUCUGGGUGUGACGCCCUCUGUCAUCCGCAAGAGAUACAACCUGACGGACAGGGACAUCGGGGCAUUGCCCAAUAACAGCCAGGCCUGUGCCCAGUUCCUGGAGCAGUAUUUCCACCCGGCUGACCUGUUGGAGUUCAUGAAGCUCUUCGCAAGCAGCUUUGGGCACCGCUCCCGGGUCGACCAGGUGGUCGGGCACCAAGGGCUAGGCAAGGCGGGGCUGGAGGCCAGCCUGGAUGUGGAGUACAUCAUGAGCACAGGUGCCAACAUCUCCACCUGGGUCUUCAGUAAUGCAGGGAGGCAUGAGAGCCAGGAGCCCUUCCUGGCCUGGCUGCUGCUGCUCAGUAACAUGUCCUCGGUGCCCUGGGUGCACUCGGUGAGCUACGGGGAUGAUGAGGACAGCCUGUCCUGGGCCUACAUGGAGCGCCUCAACGUGGAGUUCAUGAAGGCUGCUGCGCGGGGCUUGACUGUGCUCUUUGCCUCAGGUGAUGCGGGAGCUGGCUGCAGAAAGCUUGCUGGAGGGAGCCACACUUUCCGGCCCAGCUUCCCAGCCUCCAGCCCCUAUGUGACCACGGUGGGUGGCACAGCCUUUAAGAACCCCUUCCGAGUGACUUGGGAGGUGACGGACUAUAUCAGCGGCGGGGGCUUCAGCAACAUCUUCCCUAUGCCUGACUACCAGGCUGCGGCUGUCAGGAAUUUCUUGCGCUCAGCUCCAAAGCUGCCACCCCGCUCCUACUACAACAGCAGCGGUCGUGCCUACCCCGACCUGGCUGCCCUGUCCGACAACUACUGGGUGGUGACCAACCGCAUCCCCCUGCCCUGGGUAUCUGGGACAUCGGCUUCCACCCCCGUAGUGGGGGGCAUUAUGGCCCUGAUCAACGACCGCCGUUUGCAGAAAGGUCUGCCGCCUCUGGGCUUCCUGAACCCGGCGCUCUACAAACUGCAGGAGAAGGGGCCUACUGCUGCCUUCUAUGACGUCACCCAGGGCUGCCACCUGUCAUGUCUGGAUGCAGCAGUGGAAGGGCAGGGGUUCUGUGCUGGCCCCUCCUGGGACCCUGUCUCAGGCUGGGGCACCCCCAACUUCCCACAGCUUCUGAAAGCUCUGCUCAACCCGUGAUGCCAGCAGCAGGAGGAAAGGGCUGGGGCCAGAGGGGAGUAUGCAGCAGGCAGGAC